CAGCUUAUUCAAUUCAUCGGCUCUAGUAGAGUAACAAUGGAGGAAAGGGAGAAGCAAUCGACAAAAGAAGCUUCGGAAGAGGUCUCUCAAGAGUUCAAAACUCUAAUCAAAGCGGAAGAUUUGAAUUCCCUCAAGCAAUUGCAGUAUCUCAUAUUGGGAAGGUUACAGGACAGCAACGCGGUUCUUUCUCAUUUUAAUGAGUAUUCAGAGCACUGCUUUGAUGAGGUUUCUGGUGAUUUUUCAAGAAAUGCUCGUCUCUUGAAGUCUAUGAAAGGAGAUCUUGAUUACAUAUUUCAGAAGCUAAGGGGCAUGAAGGCGAAAAUCUUGGCUACUUAUCCAGAUGCAUUUCCCGACGAAUCAACGAGAGAAGCACUUGAUCAAAGACCAGACCUUGAAUUGCCUCAAUAACUCCUCUACUUCUUGUCUCCAACAUGUAACAAUCUUAUGUCUUAGAACAGAAACUUUGGAGGAAAAUAGCAUGUUAGGCUUCUUCUUCUUCUUCUUCUUCUUCUUUAAUUGCUCAAAUGCAUUUUGAUUUAUUUUUUUCAUGAGUCCA